AUGAGGUCCCUCAGUGUGGUUGUGGUUGUGGUUGUGUUGCUGUGUGUGGGCACUGGAGCUCUGGGUGUGCAGGUCAAGGUGGGAGACAGGAGCUUCCCCCUGGAGGCGGUGAAGCAGCUGAAGGAGCUGAUGGAUUUAAAUGAAGACCUCGACCCUCGCCUCGCCGAGACAAGUGUCGCGGCCGCUUGUGAGAACCCUCUGCUGCCUCAGGUGUUUCAGCCGGUUUGCCAGGGGAGGGGCACAGGCACCGUCUUCUCCAGACUAGUGUAUAUCAUCACACCGUCGGAUCCCUGUGAGAUAUGUGCCAACCCCUCCUGCUACGGGUGUCUGAACUGA